AUGAGGCAGGUUAUAGUGAUAGAUGGGACUUUUUUGAAGAAUAAGUACAAAGGAGUUUUACUCGUUGCUACUGCUCUUGAUGGAAAUUCGAAUUUGUAUCCUAUUGCAUUCGGCGUAGUCGACUCAGAGAAUGAUCGGUCUUGGGAAUGGUUUUUGACACAGCUCAAGCUUGUCAUAGAUGAUGAUCGCCAUUUGGCUUUUAUUUCGGACAGACAUGGGUCCAUCGUUAAGGGGCUUGAGAAGGUGUAUCCAGAAGCUAGACAUGGUAUCUGUAUUCAUCAUUUGUUGAAUAAUGUGGUCACCUACUACCAUGGGAAAGGACUUGUUGGGUUGGUUUCAAAGGCUUCAAAGACUUAUAGAGUCGCUGAUUUUGAUAAGACUUUUGCGAAUGUGUGUAAUAUCAGUCCGGCUAUUGGAAAGUACCUACGGGAUGCUGAUGUGCAGAAAUGGGCAAGAUGUCAAUUCCCUGGAUACCGAUACGACCUGAGGACAACCAACCCGGCAGAAUCUAUCAACUCUGCUUUGCGUUCGCCGAGAGAGUUUCCACUCAUUCCUUUGUUGGACAGUAUCAGGGAAAUGUUGACACGUUGGUUUUAUAAGCGUAAGAAGCUGAUUGCAAAGCAUAAUCAUCCUCUGACCAAAAAAGUGGAGUUAAAGAUAGCUAGGAGAACCAGGAAAGGCGUCACAUUUGAAGUUUACCCUGUCAGUGAAGGAAGAUUGCUUGUUAGAGGUGACAUGUUUGACUGCUUAGUUGAUUUGGAUAGACGGACUUGCUCAUGUGGAAAGUUCGACCUUUUGAAGAUCCCUUGUAGGCAUGCAAUUAAAGCUGGUUUUCAUGUUGGAAGGCAACCACACACAUUGACUGAUUUGAUGUAUACGACAGGAGCUUGGAGAGAAGCCUAUCAAGAAAGCAUAAAUCCUAUUGGUGUUCCUGAGGAUGCUUGGUCCAUACCAGAAGAUGUUAAGAAAGUUAAUGUGCUACCACCAGAGACAAGAAAAGCUGCAGGAAGAAAUAGAAAGCGCAGAUAUGAAACUGUUGAGGACAAAAUUCGAUCAUCUCAAUCAUCCCAAACCAAGCAGCCUCGCAAGUGUAGUAGAUGUGGUAUUAGUGGACACAACAGAGCAACUUGUAAAAUACCAAUAGGAUAG